UAGGCUUGCUAUUGUGGCUAAGUACUGCUCCUAACAGCCUCUGCAAAGACAGGUCCACUAAGAGGGCGGCUGCAGACGCACAGGGUGCUGCCGUCCUCUGGGAAAGGACAUUUCCUCGCCGAGAGCUGCAACAUCCCGGCACUUCUCUCCCUGGGCCUGCCAAUCUAGCAGGUGAACCCUGAGAACACAAAGGAAUGAAUAAUGCCCGGCAAACUGCCAAGAGCCAGGGUCGCCGAGUCUGGCAACUCCCUUCAACCGGGCGCAGCUCCAGCCACCCCGACCUGUCCUUGGAGGAGACGCUCUCUGGGCCACGGAGAACCGGACAGGGAGACACCGGCCCCACUGCCCGGCGCGCUCGAGACGAAGUCCCCUCCGCCAGGGACAGGCGUGGGGGCCGCAGUCCGGGCCACCCGGGUGCGGCGGGGCGGCUCCUGCGCGGGCGCUGAACGAACGUGCGCAAGGGAACAACCGCGCGCGAGGGAACAACCUCGUCCAGAGCCGCCCGCAGCGGGCCCGGUGGGCGUGACGCCAUGACGCACAGCAUGCGGGCGGCGCGCCGGGGCGGGGCGGGGCGGGGCGGGGCGGCCGGGGGCUGGAGGAAGAAGUGGGAGGAGGAGGGGAAAGCCGGGGCUGCGGGAGGGGGAGGUGGUAGUUGCGGCGCUGGUUCUCGGGAGCAGUCGUCGAGCCACAACUGCGGAGGAGGAGUUCGGGAAAGCGGCCGUCGGGACUCCUCCCCUCCGUCGUCUCCGCCCAGGUUGAGAGGCGCCUCGGCACAUCGGAGGGACCCUCCCCCGCGCUUCCUGAGGCUGCUGUCGCCGCUGCUGGGAGAUGGGCCUACUCGCCUGCCACCCUGCGCUGCCGCCGCUCUGAGGAGUUAAAGAACAUCCAUGAUAGCAGUCUUCUGUAAAUCGAACUUUUCAAGAAUUCUCUGAAGGAACCAAGUAGGAUAUUCUUACAUCAUGACUUAAUGUGAAUGCAAGAACAAGAAAUAGGUUUUAUCUCUAAAUAUAAUGAAGGGCUGUGUGUAAACACUGACCCUGUCUCAGUUGUAACAGGCAUUUUAGACAUGAGUUUACAUCGGCAAAUGGGUUCAGAUCGAGAUCUUCAGUCCUCUGCUUCAUCUGUGAGCUUGCCUUCAGUCAAAAAGGCACCCAAAAAAAGAAGAAUUUCAAUAGGCUCCCUGUUUCGGAGGAAAAAAGAUAACAAACGUAAAUCAAGGGAGCUAAAUGGCGGGGUGGAUGGAAUUGCAAGUAUUGAAAGUAUACAUUCUGAAAUGUGUACUGAUAAGAACUCCAUUUUCUCUACAAAUACCUCUUCUGACAAUGGAUUAACUUCCAUCAGCAAACAAAUUGGAGACUUCAUAGAGUGCCCUUUGUGCCUUUUGCGGCAUUCUAAAGACAGAUUUCCUGAUAUAAUGACUUGUCAUCACAGAUCUUGUGUGGAUUGCUUACGACAAUAUUUAAGGAUAGAAAUCUCUGAAAGCAGAGUUAAUAUUAGUUGCCCAGAAUGUACUGAACGGUUUAAUCCCCAUGAUAUUCGCUUGAUAUUAAGUGAUGAUGUCUUGAUGGAAAAAUACGAAGAAUUUAUGCUUAGACGGUGGCUUGUUGCAGAUCCUGAUUGUAGGUGGUGUCCAGCUCCAGACUGUGGAUAUGCUGUGAUAGCAUUUGGAUGUGCCAGCUGUCCAAAAUUAACUUGUGGGCGAGAGGGCUGUGGAACAGAGUUUUGCUACCACUGUAAACAGAUUUGGCACCCCAACCAGACCUGUGAUGCUGCUCGACAAGAGAGAGCCCAGAGCUUACGUUUGAGAACUAUACGUUCUUCAUCCAUUAGUUAUAGUCAAGAGUCUGGAGCAGCAGCUGAUGAUAUAAAGCCAUGUCCACGAUGUGCUGCUUAUAUAAUAAAGAUGAAUGAUGGGAGCUGCAAUCACAUGACAUGUGCUGUUUGUGGUUGUGAGUUUUGUUGGUUGUGUAUGAAAGAAAUCUCAGAUUUACAUUAUCUAAGUCCAUCAGGAUGUACUUUUUGGGGGAAGAAACCCUGGAGCCGAAAGAAGAAAAUAUUGUGGCAGCUGGGAACACUGGUUGGUGCUCCUGUCGGAAUCGCUUUAAUAGCUGGCAUUGCUAUUCCUGCAAUGAUUAUUGGCAUUCCUGUGUAUGUGGGCCGCAAGAUUCACAAUCGCUAUGAAGGCAAGGAUGUUUCAAAGCACAAACGGAAUUUGGCCAUAGCAGGUGGUGUAACGUUGUCUGUAAUCGUGUCUCCAGUAGUAGCUGCAGUGACUGUAGGUAUUGGUGUUCCUAUUAUGUUAGCUUAUGUCUAUGGCGUUGUUCCAAUUUCUCUUUGUCGAAGCGGAGGUUGUGGAGUCUCAGCAGGCAAUGGAAAAGGAGUUAGGAUUGAAUUUGAUGAUGAAAAUGAUAUAAAUGUUGGUGGAACUAACACAGCUGUAGACACAACAUCAGUAGCAGAAGCAAGACACAACCCGAGCAUAGGGGAGGGAAGUGUUGGUGGGCUGACUGGCAGUUUGAGUGCAAGUGGAAGCCACAUGGAUCGAAUAGGAGCCAUCCGAGACAACCUGAGCGAAACGGCCAGCACCAUGGCACUAGCUGGAGCCAGUAUAACGGGGAGUCUGUCAGGAAGUGCCAUGGUAAACUGUUUUAACAGGUUGGAAGUACAAGCAGAUGUACAGAAAGAACGGUACAGUCUAAGUGGAGAAUCUGGCACAGUCAGCUUGGGAACAGUUAGUGAUAAUGCCAGCACCAAAGCAAUGGCAGGAUCCAUUCUGAAUUCCUACAUCCCAUUGGACAAAGAAGGCAACAGUAUGGAGGUGCAAGUAGAUAUUGAGUCAAAGCCAUCCAAAUUCAGGCACAACAGUGGAAGCAGUAGUGUGGAUGAUGGCAGUGCCACCCGAAGUCAUGCUGGUGGUUCAUCCAGUGGCUUGCCUGAAGGUAAAUCUAGUGCCACCAAGUGGUCCAAAGAAGCAACAGCAGGGAAAAAAUCAAAAAGUGGUAAAUUGAGGAAAAAGGGUAACAUGAAGAUAAAUGAGACGAGAGAGGACAUGGAUGCACAGUUGUUAGAACAACAAAGCACGAACUCAAGUGAAUUUGAGGCUCCAUCCCUCAGUGACAGUAUGCCUUCUGUAGCAGAUUCCCACUCUAGUCAUUUUUCUGAAUUUAGUUGUUCUGACCUAGAAAGCAUGAAAACUUCUUGUAGUCAUGGUUCCAGUGAUUAUCACACCCGCUUUGCUACUGUUAACAUUCUUCCUGAGGUAGAAAAUGACCGUCUGGAAAAUUCCCCACAUCAGUGUAGCAUUUCUGUGGUUACCCAAACUGCUUCCUGUUCAGAAGUUCCACAGUUGAAUCAUAUUGCUGAAGAACAUGGUAACAAUGGAAUAAAACCUAAUGUUGAUUUAUAUUUUGGUGAUGCACUAAAAGAAACAAAUAACAACCACUCACAUCAGACAAUGGAAUUAAAAGUUGCAAUUCAGACUGAAAUUUAGGCCCAUAAAUGCUGCAGAAUAAUUACCACUGUACAACCGUGUUUGGAGCUGGUUGGACUACAUGUGACUGCUUAAGUUUCAGGUUACCAGCAAAAGCUGGGUUUCAUUAUCAUAAUGCAGAUACAUUUUCUGUGUUCAGCAAGGCAUUGUGUGUCAUGUGGAUCUUAGUUACCAAACUAUGAAGUGAAGGCUUUAAAAGUGCAUUAUUUUAAGGAUAAUAAAUUUGAAGAGCAAAGCAUGUUUUGUGUGUUUGCCACAAAACAUUGCUUGAAGCGCAUACUUAGAUAGAAAUUGGUCUUAAUUUAUAUAAUCAAUAUAAAAUACUAAUGCAAUUCUACAGCAUUCAAAUGAAGAAAACUUGAGGCUUUAGGGAUAAGUGGUUAGUGAUAUUUUAUUGAAACCACUAAGAGAUAAGUUUAAAAGAACUGCAUAGGUUACUCUCAGUAUAUGAUACUCUGUAACAUUUCUAUUUAUAUCGGCAUAAAUUUCAUUUUUUUUCUUCAUAUGCAAUGUGGUUAUAUAAAGCUUAAUGCAGCUCAUUUGCUACCAUUUGGAUACUUAGACACUUUGAGCAAGAUUGUGGCAGUUUUUGCACAACUUUGAAAUAGAAAUACCUGGUACUCUAUCUUGUUUACUGUUGAUGCCAUCUUAGAGGAAAAAAUGUAAAGGUAAGUAAUUAAGCAUAUGACAGCAACAAAUAAGAUAUAUAAAACUACAAAAUAAAGUCCCAUUAGGUUAUAAGUAUUACAAAAAAUCCACCUUUCUCUAAGGGGAAGUUUGUACCCCAUUGAUUCUUGGUGCCUUUGGGAUCGACUAGGUUUUAAUGGCCUAGUUAUUUGAGGAUUUUGCUGUGUUGUUUUCCAUGUCUUCUCUGGUCACCUUGGAUUAUAUAUAAAAAUACAGGAAAUAGAUAAACAUGAAUGUGAUUAAUAAUGCUGAAAAAGUAUUAGCCUACCAAAGACACACUCAGGCUUUAGUGAAUAACUUUACAUAACCUCAGUUUUUAACACAUGCGUAUCUUCUCCAACCAUGAAAUCAAAGCACGGUGCAGAACUUGUACCAAGUACAAAAGGUCCAUGUAUGAUUAGCAUUAUUUUCUUUUGCUUUUGUUUAUGGACAAUGUUCAGCUGACAUAAGCAGAAGUUGGCCAAAAUACUGCCUGUACUGUUAAUUUCCUGUAUAAUUCACUUAAAUAAAAGCAGGUUAACCUCAAUGAUAGCAGUUAAAAUGUUCUAUCUUAUGUAUUUCUUUUAAGUAUUACCAUUAUGGUGCUACUGAGCGUUUUCUUUUGGUAAAAAGAAAAAUGCCAUGGGCUGCAGUCUUCUUCCAUCACUUUUCCCUACCAGGUCCAUUAAUAUGCUUACAACACUAGUGCCAAUUAUUUUAUUUGAUAAUGCUUAUGGUAUUUGUAUAUUUGUUUGCAUUCCAAUUUUGUUUAAUAAUGAGUGUGUAAACUGCAUAUGUUAAAUAAAUGUAAAUACUAAUGUA